UUCGAGCUUGUAUCAAUAAUCCUAGAUACUAGUACUUGAUCUUAUUAAUAUUAUAAAUAUUUGUAUUAGGUUGAGCUAUAUACUAUCUUCUAAUUUCAAAUAUUCCAAAUGUUCUAGAUAUGAAGAUGGUUCCAUGCUUUGGUGGGAUGUACGGAAUCCUGGAGUUCCAAUAAGCUCUGUGAAAUUCCAUUCUGAGCCAGUUGAGCAUCUGCAUUGACGGGUCUUGCAAAGGGGGUAUCUCAGGAGCUGCAGAUGAGAGAAUUGUGAUGUAUAGCUUGGAUCAUUCUUCGGGUACAUGUGUAGUCAAUAAAGAAAUCAAAUUGGAGCUACCUGGCAUCUCAGGCACCUCAAUUCGGCAUAACAAAAUUGCUGCAACAGCUGGCUGGGACCACAGAGUAAGAAUAUAUAAUUACCACAAAGGAAAUGCUUUAGCUGUACUGAAGUAUCAUCAUGCCACCCUCCUAUACCAUCAUCAAAUGAAAGUAAAUAUGGAGGCUAUUACAUAAAGAAAUCUAAAAGAUAAUGUGUCUAAUGAAGAUUCUUCUACAUCUUACACAAAUGAUUGUUCAUACCAAUCUCCGAAACAUGCAAAAACAAAGAUCAUGCAAAGGUUUCCAAGUGCCGGUUACAUCACAAAACCGGAGCAUAAAGAUGGAAAUAAUUGAUUUUGCCUAUUCUUGUCGAACUACUUCAAGGAGUGGAAAUAAUAUAUUUUCCCCCGUGUAAUUGUAUAUUCAAUGAAACCAACUCAUAUAACUUUAUAUUUAGG